AUGUUUCUGUCUCUUCCUACGUUGACUGUCCUUAUUCCACUGGUCUCUUUAGCAGGACUGUUCUACUCAGCCUCUGUGGAAGAAAACUUCCCACAGGACUGCACUAGCACAGCAAGCCUGUGCUUUUACAGUCUGCUCCUGCCCAUUACCAUACCAGUUUAUGUGUUCUUCCACCUUUGGACUUGGAUGGGUAUUAAACUCUUCAGGCAUAAUUAAUACAACCAGAGCUAAGAUAGUAGAUAUAUUAAUGAUAGGUCUUGAGUGUGUAUUUCUAAAACUUAACUACAUGGAAAUACUGGAAACCCACUUAAUUUGCAGGAAAGGUGCUUUGCCUUGCUUCUCUCGGGUUUAGGACUAUGGGAGGCUUAAGCUGCAGAAGUUCCUUUUAUUGUACUUUUGUUCUACCCUUGUUUUUUUGAAAAGUUUUAUUUAUAACUAUUGUAUCAGAAGAAACAUUUCAACAGUUUCUUGUUGGAAAUUAACAAUCCCAACCAUCACCUGAUGACUUUAUUUCUUACCCCAUUCAUCUAAAAGUUAAUUAAAAUUUUAUAUGUCUAUUUUAGAUUUAAAGUAUUUGGUAGAGUCACGUGUUAAAGAUGACUGAAAUAAUUCCAAAGCAGCUAUGCUGAAGUUGUUGUAGAGAAAUACAUUUGAGCUCAUAUGACAGAAAACUACAAUAAAAUGGAAAUUUCAUGUACUUGCAAA